GUUCUGCGGUAAAGUUUCUUCUCUAAAGUCGUGUGAAAGAAAGACUGAAUCAUGAAGUGUUUGAACAUCAUGAAGAUCAUGCAGCUUCAGCUCUAUCUGUUCAUAUGGUGUCGAGCUGCAGAGACUUUAACAGAUCAUUUAACAGAUUUGGGUCAGAAUGUGACUAUAAACUGUGAUCUUGAUGAAACGGAUGUUAACUGGUUAUUACUGAAGUUACCAGAUCCUCCAGUUCUGAUAUUACUCUCUUUCAAUACUUCAGCUACUUUUUACUACAGUAAAACUUUUCAACAGAAAUAUUCAGUGUCGGGUUAUCAUCGUCUGUUCAUAAAUAAUGUCACUCUUGAUGAUUUAGGACUUUAUUACUGUGUGACCAGUGCCAUAGAAAAAUACAAACCUCCAAAAUACAGUGACGGCACCAGACUUCACAUCACUGAACCAACUCCAGAUCUAGAGUUCCAGAAUCAAACAGUCGUGAAGUACAUUGAGAAGAAUCAGACACAUUUAAAGAUUAUUACCCAGAUAUCUGCUCUGUUGAGUGGUCUUCUGAUCAUUGUGAUCAUAGGUAUAGUAAAGGUGUUUGUCCUUGGAAGCAUGAGAACCAGGGACAACCUGAAACAAUCUCCAGAUACAAACCUACAACAGCCCCAAGUUAUGGAUCUUGAACAACAACAAAUCUCAAGCCAAGCACUGGGAAAACAAGUAAUAUCAAUACAAUAAAACAUGAGUAAGGAUACUAUUAUGUACCCAUCAAAAGGAUAUUUAAAUUCUCUCAUGUACUCACCCUCAUGUCAUUUCAAACCUGUAUUUAUUUACUCUGUGGAGCACAAAAGAAGAUCUUGUUUUAGAAAAUCAUUUAACAGAAAACUGUAUCAAAUCUGCAUUAUGAUUAAAUGGUAUUGGGUUUUUUUUUCAGUACACUACCGCUGACUUUUCCACACCAUGUAAAAGGUUUCAGUCGCGCCAAAUAAAUGGCACAUAUGCACUUCUAGAGCUGCCAGAAUCAACAAAUAACAUCUGACCAUUUUAGUUGUAUUUCUCAUUGUAUUUGAAAACGUAUCGCAUAACUACACAUAUUUGGCAUGAUUUGUGCUAAAUAAUAAUGUUGAGUUUUCGUGAAGAUGUUGUAGCUUUAGGCUGUAAGUCAAACAACAAAACAUCCUCAAAGCCAGUGUGACUGUACAUUAUCUAUUUUGUAUUAUAUAUGUAAAUAUAUAUGAAACGUGUGUGUGUGUGUGUGUGUGUGUGUGUGUGUGUGAGAGAGAGUGUGUGCAUAUGUGUCACACAAAGCAUAUACAGAGAGUACGGAAAGUAUUCAUAUAUUUUAGUUUUUCUUUUAUAAUCUUCAAAAAUGUCAACAAUUCUGUGUUUUUCUGUCAAUAUGGGUUGCUGUGUGUAUAUUAAUGAGAAAAAAAUUAACUUAAAUGAUUUUAGCAAAUG